AUGGACAAUACUGGUGAGUCAAAAUUCCUACUGUUUGAUUCUAUUUGCUUGGAGAUUAUCGGUGUGAGCGCUCCCACCGUUCUUGGUGGCUCAGUUGAUGAGAUUGUGGAUCCAGACAAUUUGCCUGAUCCAGUGAAAAAUCUUAUUGGAAAAACAUAUAUGUUUCUGGUGAAUGUUGAGAAAGAGAACAUAUGGGAUGGUAAAGAAACCUACAAGGUGUCCAAAGUUCUUGUGAAAGAUGGUCUACUCGAAGAAUCACUGCUGGAGAAUUCUUAUGGUAUGUUCAAUCCAAAGUCUAUAGUCUCUGGUGAUCAGGGACCUCUCAUGUUAGAAUAUGGUUCAGAAACUACUGACUCGAUGACUCCAUCGUCCAAGCGUGUUUAUCCAAACAGUGGAAGUGCUUCUGAUCAAUCCUCAACUUCGAAGAAGCUGUGUAUUGAACCAAUAGACUUAGAAAAGUCUAAUCCAGAGUUUGGACAUGUAGGUGUUCUUUCAAUAUCUGAGGGGAAAGACGACAAAGAUGAGGAUGGAAAAAAAAAGGGUGUUGAUCAAGGAAGUGUUGUGUACAACUCAAAGAUUGAGGAAAAUGAUAAAAUCGCAGGAGUUAAGGUCAAGGUUGAGAAGAAGAAGUGA